AUGGCCACAAUGGAAGGUGGAAAGCCGAGUGACCGUUCGCAAGCUAGACCGGCAUGCGUGUCCUGUCGGAGGCGGAAGUCCCGUUGUACGAUUGAAGCCCAGACAUCGGUAUGCUUGAUGUGCCGCGCCCAUGGUACAGAGUGCUCAUUUCCAGCCCACAAACGACGAAAAACAUCGCAUCGAUCGCAGAAAGGGGCUGCAGGAAUCGGACCGAAGGCAACUCUGGAAACACAACCGUCACCUGAUGUCCUUCCUUUCCAGCCGGCUCCCCUUUCGGAUACCCCCUAUUUAAUAGGGAAUGCAGUGUCCUAUAAUGAUGAAUGGAUUCAAGAUCAACCUACUCAAGCCACACCUUUAUCAUUGGAGGCAGAUGAUAAAAACCCACAUAUAUUAGGGCCAGCUGCCAUGGGUGAUGAUGGCAUAAUAGCCGAUUAUUUAUCUAGCAUUGCCGGCAACGGUGGAGUGCGCGAAAUUCGCCCUGUGGAGCCUGGGAGCUCUUCAUGUCCGAUCAUUUUUACGAAAGUGCAAAAGCGGCCACUGGGAAUGAUGGUCAAUUUCAAUCCUGCCCUGCAAAAGCUGCAGGUCAUCGAGAAGCUUAUCGAGCCUUGGUCACUUCAUCUAGUUGACAUGUAUCUGGAUAAAGUGAACCCAUGCUUCCCACUUCUUAACGAGAAAGCCUUUCGUGAACAAUACAUCAACUCUAAAGACCAGAUUUCACCCGCACUGCUAUCAUGUCUUUAUGCGCAUAUGCUAGUAUUUUGGAGAUAUGACCCUAAACUAUCACAAAAACGAAGUCCUGAUCUUCGCUUUAUAUGGAAUUUGGCGUGUGAAGCUCUCUACUCUGAGCUUCACCUGUCCCCUGGAACAUCAACUAUCAUUGCUAUACUUCUCAAUAUCGGUGGUCGACCUACGACCUCUAUGAUUGGCAAUGGGAUUCAACUUGGGUCGGCAGUCGCUCUUUGUCACUCGCUGGGUCUAAAUCGAAAUCCACACCCAUGGGACAUACCGCAAGCAGAGAAGCUUCUGAGAAUGAAGAUUUGGUGGUCGAUACUGAUACAAGAUCGCUGGUCGAGUCUGGCAUAUGGCACACCGCCUCAUAUUCGACGGACUCAAUACGACGUUCUCACUCCAACCGAGGAGCAUUUACCCUGUCAAAGGGCGCAAAAAAACGCAAAUGGGGUCUUUAUAGCAUUUUUUCAUCUAACAGAGGUUUUGGAUUACUGCCUUGAGCAUGUUUACGGCAUCAAUCUAGACGGACGAGAACGAAAUCUCGAUCUUGAACUCAACAAAUGGAUCGAAACCCUCACAGGAGACGUUCGCAAGAUUGUCACCCGAGGAAUUAAUCUGGAAGUCCAAGGUGCCUCGAACCUUCGUCUUGGGUAUCUUGCUGUCAAACUUCUCGUGCGAAGGAUUUCUCUAGACAGAGAAAGGCGAAGUCCGGAUUAUGAUCCUCAACACCUCGCUAACCAGACUCUAGAUGCCAGAAGAGCAGCAGAAGAAAUUUUGAUUCUUGUUCAAGAACUUGAACCGCCUCAACUAGGCCAUUUUUGGCUUCCACUAGCUGCGUUCACUUUUGUUUCCACUGUGACUUUCUUGAUUCGCUGUGCUCUUGAGGCAGAGCAAUCAGCUGAACUUUCGCAAAGUCUCUCACUCCAGAUGGCAGAUGACUUUUUGUCUUCUCUCAGGUCGCAUAAAGAGAAGUUUGGGUGGGAUCUUGCAGAUAUCUGUCUUGCUCAGCACUCAGAAGUGCUCGAGAAGCUUCGGAACUCCCAGCCCCUCAAUCUCCCUUUGGAUGGUUCGACUAUCCAGGCCCCGCGGCAGUUUACCCCGGAUAUGGGAUCUAUUGACGCGCUGUUCCCGAGUAUUUGGGACACAUUACAGGAUAUUUGA